CCUCGCGUGGUGAGAGGAGUGAGCUGCUGUAGGGCGAGGCUGGGUGUGCGGGAGAGCCAUAGUGGACCCAGUUGGAGCGACCCGCGAUGGGUGAGGUGGACAUGGCCCCUUGCAUGAAGGGGUCGUGGAGGGCAGGGAAGCCCCUCGCUGGAACAGAGCUCCUCUGGGGGCUGUCCCCAGGCUCGGGCAGCCCCUGGGGAGGCCAGGAAAUCUUUGGGUGCUCGAUGGCAGCACUUGGGGCACCACUGCCACAAAAACGCCGGUGCUGUGCCUCAGCUCUGGCAGAAUCACAGCGCGGUUGGGGUUGGAAGGACCCUCUGGAGAUCCCUCAGUCCAAACCCUGCUGACACACCUCGAGCAGCCGACACAGAAACGCGUCCAGCCCCGGCGGCCAGGACCGCUCGGCAACCGCGCCAGGGCCGGGCUGCGCCGGCCGCGCCGCAAAUGAAGUGCGAGAACUGCACCAAAAAGGAAUGCAGUAAAAAACAGAAAAAUGAUGAUACGCAAAGUACAUCUGUUGAUGCAUUGAGUUCAAAUGAUGGCUCUGAAGAGAAAAAUGAGUUUGAUACAUUGGCUAAUGCUAAAAUACUCCUUAGCGACUGCCUAGCUUGUGACAGUUGCAUGACACUGGAAGAAGGAGCCAGAGUUUUCCAGCAGAAUCAGAAGAAAUUCUUUCGUAUUCUCAACCUUAAUAAGAAAUGUGAUACCUCAAAACACAAAGUGUUGGCAGUGUCUCUGUGCCCUCAGUCAUUGCCUUAUUUUGCUGCUAAAUUCAAUCUCUCUGUGAAUGAAGCAGCCAAGAGACUCUGUGGUUUCCUCAAAAGUCUUGGGGUGCAUUAUGUAUUUGACACCACUAUAGCUGCAGAUUUCAGUAUCCUGGAGAGCCAGAGGGAAUUUGUGCAGCGGUACCAACGGAGGAACCAGGAGGAACAUGCCUUACCAAUGUUUGCCUCUGCUUGCCCUGGUUGGAUCCGAUAUGCUGAAAGGGUACUCACCAACCUGGUCACCUCUCACAUUUGCACUGCAAAGUCUCCACAGCAGAUCAUGGGCUCCCUAGUAAAGGGCUACUUUGCCAGGCAGCAGAACCUGUCUCCUGAUAAAAUUUUCCAUGUAGUCGUGGCACCUUGUUAUGACAAAAAGCUGGAAGCCUUGAGGGAAGAUUUCUACACUGCCUUGUAUAAUUCACCAGAAGUUGAUUGUGUCCUGACAUCAGGUGAAAUUGUCCAAAUAAUGGAACAGAAAAACGUGUCUAUGAAAGAUGUGGCUGAAGUAGCUGUAGAUAGUUUGUUUGAUGACCUAAAGGAGGGAGAUGUAGUAAGGCACGAGGGGAAGAGAUCUGAUGGGUACCUGGAGCACAUUUUUAAGCAUGCUGCAAAGGAGCUUUUUGGCGUGGACGUCAAAGAGAUAACCUACAAAGCAUUAAAGAACAAGGACUUUCAAGAAGUUACCCUUGAAAAGGAUGGGGAGACAGUGCUGCGUUUUGCAGCAGCUUAUGGCUUUAGAAAUAUCCAAAACAUGGUCCUAAAGUUGAAAAAAGGAAAGUUUUUGUACCAUUUUGUAGAAGUCCUUGCCUGCCCAGGAGGGUGCCUCAAUGGGAAGGGGCAGGCCCAGACUGAGGAUGGCAAACCAGACAGAGCCCUGCUUGCCCAGAUGGAGGAGGUGUACACCACGAUUCCCGUGCGGCUGCCAGAAACCAACCUGCACGUGCAGAGGGUGUACCAGGACUGGCUGGAGGGCAUGGACUCCAGGAAGGUGCAGGACACUCUGCACACCACCUACAGUGCAGUGAACCAAGGCACGAGCAGCUUGGAUAUCAAAUGGUAACGACUGCAGUGCAGAGCUGCGCUGGGGCUGCGGGGCAGCGCUGCAGCCCCCGUGCAACCAGGCUGGGUGCAGCCAGGGUGCAGCCAGGCCCUGCCCACCUCGGGAUUGUUGUGGGAAGAACCAUUGCUUUGCAAAAACAGACAAGUCUCCAAAAGCACUGGCUCCUGCCACUGUCAUUUAAUUUUGCUGUUUGUCAUUUCCUGCGUACAAUGGAUUCCUUCAUUCUAAAGCCUGAUCUUGCCAGGUCCAUAAGGCCUUUCUGCCAGGGACAGAGGGAGUGUAAUUCCUGAUCGAGUUGCUCUCUGAAGUGAAGGGUUCACUUCAUGAAAUGGCCUCCUCCAAGAGGGUGAGAUGAUUUUACUUCUAGUCCCUAUCACCACAGGAAAAGUCCACAGGAAUUUCAGUAUUGAUGCAGGUGGUGUGGAAUAACUUGAGAUUUACUGACCUUGUUAAGGAAAAGGCCCUUUUAAAGGACAAGUGAGUACAUGGAGAGAUGUAAUGAAUUUCUGUAAGCCUUGUAUCUAUAAUUCAGCAAAAAAUACUCAGUUCCAAACUGGCCACCAGUUCUUAUUGAUGUAGUGUCACAGAAUGCUUCACAGAAGCGGAAUCUGGGAAGCUAAUGCUAAAUGGUUCAUUUAAAAUAGUUCUAAAUAGAUUGGUUGUUACAAAAAGAGAACUUUCUUUUCAUAUAAGUUUUCUGCUAAGCUUGCAGCCAGGAGAAGUGAUGCUGCUUGCUUUGGCUUCUCUCUAAGAGUGGAACAUGCCCAGACUGUUCUUUCAUUUGUCUCCAUGUUGAAAGAUUUCUGCAGAAAAUAACUUCCUGGGGUGCCUCUGAGAAGAAAUACUGAGCAAUGCUUGUGAGCUCAUCAGAAUCAUGAUACGUUAGCAUCAUGAAUUUUGAUGCACUUAUUUCUAUAAACAUGCUAUAGAGGUUCAUUUAACAGGCAUUGUGAAGUGGUACUGCCAUGCAGCCUGUCUGCAACUUCCCCAGCUGUCAGAGAGUUAUUCAAGAAUGUGAUGGACAAAAGAAAUUAAGACUCCUGCCAGACUUCUUCAGAUUUUCCUGCUAGCAUCAGAUGUGUUUGUGAUUAAUGGCUGUUUGAAGCUAGCAAAGUUCUAGCUUUCCUUAUGCAGCCUGAAAGUGUGGAUGGGCUUUUGAACCAUUUCAUGCAGUUUGAAUGAAUCUUCUUGCAAAUUUCUUCAAUAUUACAACUGCUUGUGUGAGUAAGAAAUCCUGCAAAAACCUGUGAGUGUUUAAAAUGCACACAGUGGAAUGGGGUGAAGCAUCAGGGAAGGCAGGGCAAGACCUGGCAUUGGCUAGACCAGGGAGAAAAUGAGAGAGACAGUGAAGUGUCACCCUGCUGACAAGAAAAAGCUCUCUUAUGUGAAGCUGUUAAAAAUUGCAGCUUUCCAUUGAAUAACAAACCACUGCACUUGGAGGGAGGUUUUCUUUCAAGUGCAAACAAAUUUGAAUCACUGCACUACCUGAAUGCUCACAAUGAGAUUAUGCCCAUGAAUUAUAUAAAUUAGCCUCUGCAAGCUGUUCCUUGUGCCGAGAACGAUCCUUAACGUGGUGCAAUAUCAGAACAUCGACAGAAAUCUACCUCUGUAUGGGAAGGGAGUCCAGGAGUCGUGGGAAGAGCUGUGUGUAGCUGGAACUGUAAUAGAUGUCUGCUGGAGAAAGGUGGGGGUGUUGUGUGACAUUUCAGAACAGAUUACUUGCAGAAGCAACAUCCACCUCCUUCGGUCUGAUUUUCUUUAUCUGCCGUGAUUUCCUCCAAAAACCCCUCCAGAAUUCUAAUGUAAUAAAGUGCUCCUGUUCUGUUUGUAUAGGCCUGUCUCUGUAUAUAUGGUUUGUAGCUGGAUGCAUGUUAAAUUAUAUCGCUGCUGCUCUUUGUA